UCCAGACUUUGUUCUUUACUCCCGACUUACUUCUCCUCCCCAUAAUAAUGAUGUCGCCGUUGCUGGAAUACUGAAAUCGCGUUGCUGCGACCGGUGUAGGGGAGUCUGUCUUCUUGUCAUACAACACAUAAACCAACUCGCCUGCUGUCCGUUCAGCACAAGAUGUCUCUCCAGACACAGUUGCCCGCUCAUCUCGCUGAAGACUCAUCUACUCUAGCCUCGUACAUUUUCGGGCAGCCGAGCUACCCAUCUCUGUUCCGGGCGAGCGAAGAGCGACCUCGAUUGGCGUCCUUCCCGUGGUGGGAGGAUGAGGCAACAACUACCCUCUACAGUUUCGAUAUCGAGGCGUUCAAGAGAGUUGUCUAUUAUGGUAUCUUUACAGAUGAGCAGCUCCCUCGGUUUGUGCUUACAGAGAGGUCCGAGGCGUUCACCAUUAAUCUUAUAAAACCUCGAGCGAGAGCGUUACGUCUUGAGAAACAACAGCGGGUAGAGGAGGCUCUACGACAAUGUAAACCAACCGUUGCGCCUGUGAUCGCAUGGGCCUGGUUUCCAACCUACUACGAUAGUGACAGAAAUCCUCUGGCUAUUGCAAAGGCCAUCGAUACCGAAAGUCAUCUCCAUUUUGCCCGAAUCCCGUUCGAGGAGUUGGUUAGGUACGCGCUGAAUUACCCUUACAGUCGUGUUGAAUGGUUCUUGCAGCAGCAUACGACACUAUAUGCACACAUCUUGGACCACCUUAACGCCUUUCCUGAUGAAUUAGAGAGGUACACAGAGGUUGAGAAGCAUCUUCGAAGUCGAAGUCCCUUUGCUCACCGUGCUGUGGCCACCGCUCUGGAGGGUGUCGGGGUCAAACUUGACCUACCCAUACCGUCAUCACCGCUAUUUGAAUUUAUUGCUGGUCCCAUUCAACGUCUCUUCGGAGGGCUUACGGCAGGCUUAGAUUCAAUCAUGAGGGUACUUUGUGUGCUCGGAGUCCGGUACGAGCGGGUGUAUCUGCAUUCUGGGGAGAUGAACUGGUCUCGACCAUUUAGCAUUGCCUUUUCGUUUCUUGAGGACAUUUUAGGCUCAACCUCAUCCACGGAUUUUGCUCGUACCCUAACUACUUCUGAUGAGCAAGAUUUUGCUCAAUUAACUGAAGGGGAGGAAUUUGACAAAAACGCGGCCAACCGCUUAUCAGCUCGAUGGGAGGCUCGUAGUCUUGAAGUUUGGGAAUGCUGUCGAGCCCUCCCUGAGUAUGUAAGCUUCAUCCAAGAGAGUUUACAGCCCUUAUUAGGUCUCCGAAACUACCACUCCCUGACGGCAAUCCUAAGCGGGCUUCAUAAAUACAGCGUUUCGCGGUCUACAUAUGUUUACACAGACGACGGAAACAUGGCAUUAACCGUUGGUCAAGUGCUGCCGCCUGAACUCUUAUACCUCCUUGAACCGGCUCAGAACUACGCAGCAUACCGACAACAAUACCAGCAAGCUGCUGGAAUACCGUUCCUUCUCCCCCAUAUGAAUGAAUACCGUCAGUACGGCGAGCCUGUUCUUCAGGAUCUAUAUACUAGAUUCAGAGCCGUUGUUCCAAUGGCGUAAAAGUACGGAAUACGGCCGAUACUAUACGGAAGAAAGAAUAUAUAUAUGCGGCAAUAUAGGAUGAGAAUGUAUGGUUACGACUUGGCUGCAAUACUGCAUGGCGAUCUUCUUCGGUUUAUAUAGAUAUUGAUAUGGCGGAUGUAUGUUGUUUGGUCUCAACAUGGGCAUAAUGGUUGACGUUUCAUGGUUUUUUUAUUUUGGGCUUGUUGAAAACGCGAAAGUCUUAUCGUUUCUAUAACUGACUUGAUACGGUGGCUCUGUAAGUUACUGCUGGCGAUCUAGAUUAUGCGACAGACAAAUAGUAUAGUAUUCAUC